GAGAGGACUAACAGAGAGGACUUCCUGAGGACAUCAGAUGCCUGAGAAGGGCACAGCUUGGAAAUCAUACUUUCAGCUCUUUUAAACAUUUGGUGACUACUGUGAAGUGAAGUGAAAUAUUAAUGAAGGACACUGUGACUAUCUAAACAAUUUGUAUGGGUUAUUUAAAUUACUGCAUCUGUUGAUAGAAAGUGAUCUACAAAUCAUGAAGUACAAAGUGAAAGUGUUCUUUCUCAUAGGCUGGUUGUUGGCCCAGAUCCAUGGGCACGAAACCUCUGCAAGAGAGCCAGUCAGAUAUACAAAAAGUUUAAGUGAAAACAAGUCUCUUGCCCAACAUAACUCUACAAUGUCAGAACAUCCACAAAACCUCAACACACCUACACCAGUGCUAAGUGACAUCCAGAUAGUCCCUGGUGUUGAAAGAAUGCCUCACGAUGAAUAUUCCAACCAUCAUGACACUCAUUUACCAACUCCUAGAAGUAUAGAUGAUACAGUAAACAUCAUGGAUUUUCUACCUUCUCGAAGGAUAAACAACAGAGGCCCAAUAGAGGAUGAACCCAUAAACACUAAUGCCGCAAUUGCUGACCAAUUUGAGUCUUCUAGAGCCUUUGACCAGCCCAAUGACCCUGAGCACACAUUCAACUCCCAUGAAAUGAAUGUAAAUUCAUCUGAGUCUUCAAGAGAUUUUGACCAACCUAGACAUUCAGAAGACUCCCCUAAAUCACAUGACGGAAAUGAACCUUCAAGGACCUAUGACUAUGCCAGUCAUUCAGAUUAUACACCACCAACACAUGACAUGCAUGUAGAGUUAUCUGAGUCUACCAAACCCUCUGACCAAACUAAUGACUCAGGAAAUACACCCAGUCCACAUAAGAUACAUGAUGAAAGUUCCUUACAACCCUCUGACCAAACCAGUUACUCCGGUUAUACAUCUUAUCCACAUGAUGAGCAUGUAGCCUUAUCAGAGUCUUUAAGACCUGACCAAUUCAACCACUCGAGUCACACAACCAACUCACCUGAGAUACACAAUGCAAGUUCCUUUAUCUCAGAAGAAAAUCCUUUCACUACAGAGAGGAUAGAGAUCUCCAAAGUAUAUGAAGAAGAAUCUAAUGCAAAUGAAAAGCUUGGUGAAAACCCUAUCAUACCUUCAGUAACAUCUAAUGGUUCCAACCUACAAAACAAUGCAGGGGUCAAUGAAUCAUACCAAGAAGAUCCAGAAGACAGAAGGCCUUUUGAGAGGGAUACUCCAGACUACAAAGAAUCUAUCUUUACUGAUCCUGAAGAUAUCCAUGAAAACCAUGAGAUACCAGAAAGUGCAACAUCUAGAUCCUCAGGAAAAAGAAAUCUCUGUUUAGUCUGCUUUUGUGACACAGAAAACAAAAAAGUUUACUGCAAGCACGAGCACAUUUAUGGUGGAGGAUCACACCAUCUGACUCUCAAGAAAGAGCUUAUCCCUGAAAAUGCUACUUUCCUACACCUUGAAGGAUUUGACACGGUAACAAUACCUCAAGACACAUUUGCGAGCCAACACCUCGAACUCCAUAAAAUAGUAUUUGAGGACAUCAUGAAGAUCAACCUCAGCAAAGGGUCACUUGCCUUCAGUCCAAAAGCAAGGGAAAACCAUGAGGUAGCUAUCGUUUUUAAAAAGUGCAAAAUUGAGGAGCUACCUACAGAAGUCUUUACGCAACAUGCUAGAAGUGAGACUCAAGCCAGUGACAAACAACUUGAAGAAACAAGAUUCCUUUCUCUUCAUAUUGAAAACUGUGACAUUUCCACAAUCCGCUACCAUGCACUGUAUAGAGCAAGAAUAUUUCACUUCAACAUGAUCCAUACUAAGGUUACCACGAUGGAGGAGGAAAGUAUCCACCUAGACAUUUACGAAAACUGGCUGGUUGAGUACAGUGAGCUGCCGCUCCUACCGACACGCUCUAUCUGUGUGCGUGCUCAGGGUCCUGUGGUUUUCUCCAAAAACAUUUUGUGGGGGUUGAAAAGCAAGGCAAUAGAGAUUGACUCUUCAAAUCAGGUGUUAUUUAAAUACAACGAAGUGAAACACCUGGGCCCUGAGGCAUUACUCGCCAUACAGCCAAAUGCAGCAGCUGUCAGUGCCAACAUCGUCUUUCUCAACAACACGGUUGUGAAGGCAGAUAAUCAAUCACUUUUGAUCAGCAACCGGUACCCAGUCCAUGAGCGCAGAGUGCUGGAAAACAGGUUCAAUUUUGUGUGUGACUGUGAGAUUGGCUUGCAGUUUCAAGGUCUUAUGGGAAUAACAGAGAAUAGUAACCAUUUUGAAAAUGCAACUUAUAAGGCUGUUCUUGAGGAAUCUCUGUGCAGGAAAUAUGAAGAUCUAAUUCUGUACAUUAACAUUGACAAAUACUUGAAAGACAACUGCUUUCCAGUGCCCCUGCCAAUUGUCAUCUCUUCCACGAUUGUUGCUGUAGCUGUUAUUGUCACCAUUGUAGUGUGUAUUGUUUGCUCAAAACGUGCAGCCCGAGCAAAAGAGGAGGCCUACCUGGGAGAAAGUUGUUUCUCCAAUAGCUUCUCCACUCUGCACUCAAACCACCACCCUCAGGCAACCUCCUAUGGCAGUGACUGCCACUCUUGGGAGCGCUGCAAUAACCUCCAGCCAUGGGUGAUGGCAGUACCAGAGGUUAAGACUUAUCAGGAGACAGAGGUACACGUGCUCUAUGAACACACAGAGCCUAUGAAUGUCAGUAUACGUGGGUCAUGUCAUGACCCUAAAGUAGACCUGCAACGUCAGGUUCAAGUGCGUGCUUCAUGUCCUUUUAAUUAGAAAAGUUACUAAACAUACAAGUGAAAUCAUUUGGCUGGUGUAACCAUGAGUUAACAUGAACUGUGUAUAAACAAAAAAAAGAAAGAAAGAAAAAAAAAUCAUAUUUGUGCAAGUGACACACAUUCACUCCGUUCUUUUCUCUAUUUUGAGAAAACAUAUAAAAGAGUGUAAAACAUGACAGAAAAAUUACAGACUGUGAAUAAAACUAAAUAUCAAU